UCGGCGGCAGCCGCUGCGAUCCCGCCGUUCCCCUCAGUACCGCGGCCGUUGGGCGGGCGGGUUUUUGGCGGGCGCCUGUGAGGAGAAGGCGGCGGCGGCUGCGGGGCAGUAUGCCGGGCAGCGACACGGCGCUGGCCGUGGACAGAACGUACUCGGACCCGGAGCGGCACCGGCGUCGUAAGAUGAGGGUGGAAAGACAUGACAUGAAUACCCUGAGUUUACCACUUAACAUUCGCCGUGGAGGCUCUGACACCAACCUGAACUUUGAUGUACCAGAUGGGGUCCUAGAGUUUCACAAAGUCAAACUCAGUGCAGAUAGCUUGAAACAGAAAAUCCUCAAGGUUACAGAACAAAUCAAAGUUGAACAAACAGCUCGAGAUGGAAACGUGGCUGAGUAUUUGAAACUGGUAAACAGUGCAGACAAGCAACAGGCUGGGCGCAUUAAACAAGUCUUUGAGAAAAAGAACCAGAAAUCUGCCCACUCCAUUGCCCAGCUGCAGAAGAAAUUGGAACAGUAUCACAAAAAGCUCAAGGAUAUUGAACAAAAUGGAUCUUCCAAAACUACUAAGGAUACUUCCAAAGAUAAUUUGAAAGAUAGUCAGCAUGGAAAGUCCCGUACCUCUGGGCAUGGAACAGAGAGCGGCAAGUCGGGUGUGCCGGGUGUAUCUUUGACACCACCUGUCUUUGUUUUCAGCAAGUCUAGAGAGUUUGCAAACCUGAUCCGAAACAAAUUUGGUAGUGCAGACAACAUUGCUCAUCUCAAAAAUACCUUGGAUGAAUUUCGGCCAGAAACGAGUUCUAGAACAUAUGGGGGCAGUGCCACCAUUGUUGCCAAACCAAAAUAUGUUAGUGAUGAUGAAUGCUCAAGUGGAACCUCUGGCUCAGCAGAUAGUAAUGGAAAUACUCCCUUUGGUCCUGCUGUGGCAAGUACCCUGGACAGCCAAGGAAAGCUUUCCAUGAUUUUGGAGGAACUAAGGGAAAUCAAGGAGACACAGUCCCAAUUAGCUGAUGAUAUUGAGAAUUUAAAAACACAAUUUAAAAGAGACUAUGGCUUUAUUUCUCAGAUGUUACAAGAGGAAAGAUAUAGAUACGAAAGAUUGGAAGACCAGUUAAAUGAUCUCACUGAUCUUCAUCAACAUGAGACAGCAAACUUGAAACAAGAGCUAGCCAGCAUAGAGGAGAAAGUGGCGUAUCAGGCAUAUGAGCGAUCACGUGAUGUUCAGGAAGCCUUGGAAUCAUGCCAGACCCGGGUUUCAAAGCUGGAGCUCCAUCAGCAAGAACAGCAAGCACAGCAGUCCGAAACAGUUAAUGCCAAAGUGCUCCUGGGGAAAUGUAUAAAUGUUAUCCUGGCCUUCAUGACUGUCAUCUUAGUGUGCGUUUCUACUAUUGCAAAGUUCAUUGCUCCUAUGAUGAAGAGCCGUUUUCAUAUCAUCUGCACUUUUUUCGCAGUGACGCUGCUGGCAAUAUUUUGUAAAAACUGGGAUCAUAUCAUUUGUGCCAUAGAAAGGAUGAUUAUACCAAGAUGAAGCUGCUGGUCUGGCUGCUUUUUUUUUUUUUUUUCUCCCUCUUCCCCUUCCAGUUUUUUAAGUGCUGUGUGUAUACAAGUCAUUUUUUGUUGGUUUAAAUGUGCAGACUGGAUGGAGAAGGCUGCAAAGACUCCUGGACUUUAAGGUGUAAAUACAUAAAUGCAUACUUGUUGGCAGUCAUUUGCCUGUUCAAUCCAAUUAUGUCUAAUUGGCUAUGUCUGUGAUGAACUGCUCGCUUAUGUCUGUCUUCUGCCUUAAUCCAAAGGGUUUUCCACUUUACAAACCCACACCCACAAAAGAUGGUGUGAUGCUCUGGGAGGGAUCCAAGCAACUGCAAGUGUCAGGUGUGCUUUUUUACUAGACUGGAGUGCAAAGAGUGUGAUCAGGAGGGAGUGAACCAUAGUGUGUAUCAGCCUUGUUAGACUAAUAAGUUAAUUUUCUCUCUGUAUCCAGCUAGAAUGAUAAGCCAAAUUAUACAGUCAUAUAUAUUAAUAGUUCUUGAUUUUAAAUUAAUGGGUAUCUGUAUAUGGGGUUUCUAGUUUUCAGGAGCAGCAAAACUUGAUGCUUCUGCUAGUAACCUUUUGCACAGGGAGUUUAUUGUUUGUAAAUUAGACCAGUGAUGACUAUUGACCACAGUUAGCAGUUGUUCUAUCCUGGCACUGUUUCUUAUCACAUUCAGGAAACACAUAAAUGUGGCAUAAGACUCCCAAAGAUGAACUUAAUUGAAUGACAAGAUCUCCAGGCCACUUUUGUAAAGAAGCAAAUAACUGGUGCGUAAGUUUGGUCAUGCAGACCAAAGCACUCUCUUGCUUCAAGCCCUGCAACCUGCAAGGGGAAGGAAGUACACAGAAAGGCAACAUCUAGAUUAGCCUUUGUUAGCACUGAAUUGUUGGGGUGCUCUAACUGAACGCAAAGCAGGUAGGUGGUGGGACUCUGGGUACAGUGGAUUUCUUUCUUGUGUCAGAUUAAGGAAUGUGGAAGAAGCAUGAGGGAACAGCUUCUUAGGGGAGCAGGGAGUUAAACUUCUGUAAAUAUACAAACACUGUGCAGACUCUCUUGACAAACAUUCCUGAAAAUAAUGUAUUAGCAUACAGUACCACUACUAGGAGACGGGGUUGGUUUUGUUUUCCUACUGGAAUUUAUUUUGCUUGAUUUAAGAACUGCAAAAAAAAAUUUCCCUGAAAUCUGCUUGGCUUUCAGCCAUGAUGUAAAACAAGAUCUUUAAUUAAAAAAAACAAAAGAAACCACCACAA